AUGGGUAAAUCAUUUACCAAACACUUGAAAAUCCCGGAAUUCGAAAAGAAAUUCUCCCCCAUCACCAUGCAAGCAGUUGUCAAAGUAAUGCAAGAAAGUGCUAGGCAUCAAGUGUCUUCGUUUGAACUUAAACUACCUAAAUUUAUGGUCUUUUGCGUAGUGAUUUCAAGUCUUGGCUUCUUUUGCAAUGGCUGGGUCAUUGGCUCUGCCACUUUACCUGGCAAAGUCACUCACGCUUGUGAAAUAACUUCUACACCUUACAGUAAAGUAUUUCCUGACUGUUUACCUAUGCAGAAUGCACUCUGGGGAUUUGCUGUCGCCUCAUUUUGUAUCGGUGGUUUGAUUGGAAGUCUCCAUGGAGGUCAUCUCCAAAACAAGUAUGGCCGAAAGAAAACAAUUACAGGUAACAGUCUUGGAUACAUCAUUGGUGCAGUUCUGAUUAGUUGUGCUACUUCCAACGCCAUGUUUAUUGUCGGGCGAAUCAUGUGUGGCUAUUCGUGUGGUCUAGGUUCUCUUUGUAUUCCCAUUUAUAUUGGUGAAAUCUCUACCACAAAAGCGCGUGGCAUGAUGGGCGCUUGUACGCAGGGAAUGAUCACGGUCGGCCUACUGAUCUCUUCCGUUGUAGGUCUUCCUUUAUCGACAGUGCCGCUUUGGAGAGUUAGCUAUGCUCUGGGUGCUGUGCCUGCUAUUAUCCAGUUGAUUAUCAUGCCUUUUUGUGUAGAAUCUCCUCGAUACUUAAUCUCAAAAAGUCAUUUAGAUGCAGCAAGAACAAGCUUACAACGUCUAAGACCCAACUCAAAUAUUGAAAUGGAGUUUUAUAACAUGGUGCAAGGUCAAUUAGGCUCACAAAUGGCUAUGGAGAUAUUAGCCGAUACCAAAAACUAUCAGACAAUGGAUAAAUUCGAUACACAAGAUUUCCAAAAGGCUAAAUCAGACGUUUUGAGCCAUCAACCAGAAGAAAAUUUGCGUGAUCCAAUGAACAUGAUUCAAAUUUUUCAAGAUCCUUUAAUUCGUCGUAUUGCCACAAUUGUUAUUAUUGUGCAUGCAUUUCAACAAUUGGUGGGUAUCAAUGCAGUCAUGUAUUAUUCUACCACUAUUUUUGAAUCAGUUUUCAGCUCAUCCAGUAUGCCCAUGUAUAUGUCUAUUGUCACGGUCGGCUUAAACUUUGUCUCCACCAUGAUCUCCAUCUUUAUCAUUGAUCGUAUGGGCCGUCGCACUUUACUUUUGGUCUCGGUCGGCGGUGCCUGUUUAUUUUCGGUCCUGCUCGUGAUUGGUUAUGUGUAUAAUUUAGGUAAUCUCUUGGUCGUCUCAAUUCUUGGCUACGUCUGCUUCUUUGCCAUUGGCACAGGUCCCAUUCCUUGGAUCAUCACUGCAGAAUUAACACCCGUGUAUGCAUCUUCUUCUGUAGGUGCUGUAGCUACCUCCAUGAACUGGUCCAUGAAUUUCCUGGUCGGCCAAUGCUUCCCCGUCAUUUUUGCUGGCAUCAAAGGUUACUCGUUUGUGAUAUUUGCCGCCACCUCAUGUAUGGCCGCUGUAUUCACGUAUUUUUGGCUGCCAGAGACUAAAGGACGAUCUCUUGAAGAAAUCGCCUCUGAAUUUGAACAAACAUUUUAA